AUGGCUUCUGUGAUGAAUCCAGAAAAUGUGGAGAGGAUGCUGAAAAUGAGAUUCAUCGUUUGCAUGGGAGCGCUGUUGCCUGGAAUAGGAUGCUAUUUCUGUAUAGGAUACACUUACAUCUUUCAAUUCGAUGUAAUCAAGAACUUUACACAAAGUGACCAAUGUCCGGAUGUUCACUCGCUACUUCCACCAGUGUCCUACGCGAUCGGAAUUUGGGAGCCUCAACGAUAUUUUUGGCUUUUUAUCAUGUUUCUACACUGCCCUCCACGAAUAUUCUUCCUAAUCCUAUACCGACGUGCUUUCAAAAACGCAGCCCCGAAAUCGUUGGCAUAUCGACGGGUUAUCUACUUCUACACAAAAACCAUGUGGUUGGAACUGGUUGGACUUGUCGCUGUUAGCGUGUUGGACAUUAAGUGCAGCUUCGUGAUUCAUGCGAUAGCCUACUCAGUCUGGAUAAUCUCGUUCAACUUCAACAUGCUCUUCAACACAAUUCUCCACCAUUUCGGUGGUAUCCGAGAAACCUCUCAAAAGUACGAAAUAAUCUGGAGAAUCAAAUUGGUCACUUUCAUCAGUGGACUGAUAUUGUCAUUGUCAACAGCUGUCUCUUAUCCCGUUUUUCUCGCAUAUUGCAUUCCUGAAGCCUACUUAGCAUUUUCUAUUGCUGAAUACUUGCUUGUCGGGUACAAUUCGUUCUUCUACUGCCUAUCAUAUUGGGAGUUCCCUCGAUGUCGACUAACGCUGGGAGUGUUUGACGCGCCUAAGAAAGUCAGCUGUGCAACCGUGCCCUCAAUAACUCAGUCAGGAAAAGUUCUGAUUUGA